AUGGCAUUGCAGGAGGUCACAGCCUCCCUCUUAAGGCGAUUGCAGCUAUCAGAAAGACCUGUGCGCCAAGUCUGGACAUCACAAUGCCGUCGUUACGCAUCGACUGAAACCUCAGGAGCAUCCACAGAACAGACUGCCAGCAAGGCCGAUAGCGAGAUCCAGGAACUGGAGCACACCGAGUUUCUAGGCGCAGGCAUCGAGAAUGCUUACGAGAGACUGCGCGAAUAUGAUCCUGUUGGCAGGUCGCGGCGGCGGAGAGCACAGUUGCCAGCUAGCAGAUACCAAUUCCGGCCUCCUCGAUACUACCGCGGACCAUUCCAUCCCCAUCAGCCUCCGCCUCCAUCAGAUCCAGCCUCACGCGAGUUUCGCCCUGGUCCGUUUUCGCUCCCGCGCCUCGAGCAGACUUAUCAUGAAACCUUUGCGCCAGAUCUCAUGACAUUGGCUUACCAACAUUUCCCGCCUGGCACAGAACCACACAAGAAAGGUCAGCGCCUGAGACAGUGGGUUGGAGACUCUCCAUAUUUCAAGAACAGGCCCUUGCGUGGACCGCGAGGUGGUGAUGUUCUGCGACUGCUGCGCAAACCCAUCACCUUUCGCAACGUGCCUAAGCUGGAGCGCAUCACAGUACACACCAUGGUCAAGGGCGCAAUAGAGGACAGCGCGCAUUUACACGUCGCUGGUAUGGUUUUACAGGCCAUCACCAACCGACGUGUCACAGUGCAUCAGACCGCGAAGAGCGUCGCUGCGUUUGGCAUAAAAGCAGGACAGCAUUUGUCUGUCACUGCUGAUUUGCGUGGUGAGACCAUGUACCACUUCCUCAGCAAGCUUGUCGAUGUUGUCAUGCCUAAAAUCAAGGACUGGAAGGGCGUCAAGGGCAGCUCGGGAGACAGCAGCGGAAACAUCGCAUUUGGUCUGAACGGCGAGGACGUUGCGUUGUUCCCCGAGAUCGAAGUCAACUAUGACAUGUACCCGCCCAAGAUGAUUCCUGGACUACAUGUGUUUGUUCAUACCACAGCUCGAGAAGACCGAGAUGCACGCAUGCUUUUGUCUGCUUGCGGCAUACCGUUCUACGGCAAGCUCAUCAACUAGAAUGUAGUCUUGCAUGCACUUGCGCAUGUAUUGUACGACAAGUAUAGCAACCGAAAAUCCCCCACGCCUCUCUCGCUGGACCUGGAGCUCUCAGAGCUUGUCAAAGAAAAGCCGAACUAGUGCCACAUGGUCGCCUCCAACACAAGCGACCAACUCCAUACGGCCUGCAGAAUGACUGCAUCGCAUUCUCUUUCCAUCUGCGCAUUAUUCGAACAGCCGCCGCAUGCGAUGAAUGGCUGCCUAGAGGAAGGUGUUAAGUCGGGAUCGGUGUUAUGCGCAGCGCCGCAGCCGACGGUGCCCGGCCAUGGAGUUUCCGGACGGUGAGGCAAAAUCCACUACGGCCGCCUCGCUGAUGAGCAACGCAGCUCGUGCGAAUGUACCUUUUCAAGGAUUAUUCGGACUUACUAGCGUCUCGACCGGCCUGCAAUACGUGCAGGAUCAGAUUAGAUCGCAUAGUACAAAUAGGCAGAAGUCCCACGCUUGACGUAGAA